AUGGCUCAGGAAAUGUACACACUGCCCUUCAAGUUGGACGAUCCCAGUCUGCUGCACUUUGACUCGUACGUCAACAACCGCUGGGUGAAAGCUCAGUCCACGAAACAGUUUGAAGUUACCGACCCGGGCACUGGCGCUAACUGGGCUAGCUGCCCCGAUAAUGGUCCGGAGGAUGUGCCUUCCGCUGUAGAGGCCGCCCACUCCUCGUUCCUCGAGUACCGCAAACAGACGCCGCGUCAACGAGCGCAGCUGCUGAUGAAAUGGCACACCCUUAUCGUUGAAGCCCGAGACGAUCUUGCAAAAAUCCUCACUCACGAGACUGGCAAGCCACUUGUUGAGUCUUACGCGGAGCUUGACUACUCUACUGGCUUUACCUGGUGGUUCUCAGGCGAAGCCGACCGCAUUCAGGGAACCGUGUUCUCGCCAUCAAUGCCUGGUCGCCGCGUCUUUACAGUCAAACAACCCAUUGGAGUUGUUGCUGCGUUGGUUCCUUGGAACUUCCCAAUUGCUAUGGUGCUCCGCAAAGCUGGUGCUGCCCUGGCGGCUGGCUGUACAAUAAUAGUGAAACCUAGUCCUGAGACCCCGAUUACCGUGUUGGCUCUCGCGCACUUGGCUGAGAAAGCAGGCUUCCCCCCCGGGAUCUUCAACGUCCUUACUACAAGCCUUGACAACACGCCAUCCCUCAGUGAGGCGCUUUGUAAGCAUGAUCUAGUUAAGAAGGUUACCUUUACAGGAUCGACAAGGGUGGGCAGGUUGAUUGCUGCGCAUUGCUCGCAUGGACUGAAGAAGGUCACUCUCGAGCUUGGAGGAAACUGCCCCUUCAUUGUCUUUGAAGACGCGAAUAUGGAACAGGCCAUCACCCAACUGCUGGCGCUAAAAUGGCGUCAUGCCGGUCAGGCAUGCAUCACAGCCAACCGGAUCUUUGUUCAAAGUGGCGUCUACCAGAAGUUUACGCAGAUGCUCAAGGAUAGAGUCAGUAGUGCUCUGGUUGUCGGCCAUGGUGCAGAUGAAGGUACGACCAUGGGCCCUCUGACGACUCCCCAAGCAGUCAGGAAGGCGAUAAGCCAUGUUGAAGACGCAUCUAAGCGAGGCGCAAAGGUGGUUCUGGGCGGAAAACAGAUCAAACCUCCCUCAUGUGAGGGAGGCUACUUUUUCGAGCCAACCAUCAUGACGGACAUCACCUCAGAUAUGCUUGUUUUCAAGGAGGAAUCGUUUGCCCCUAUCGCGUCACUGUGCAAGUUUGAAACUGAGGAAGAAGCCGUCCAGACGGCGAAUGACACCAGCAUGGGCCUCGCUAGCUAUGUCUUCACCAAGGAUGUCAACCGCUUGUGGCGGAUGUUCGAGAACCUCGAAGCUGGCAUGGUAGGCCUUAACACGGGCAACCAGUCUGCAGCUGAGACUCCGUUUGGUGGUAUCAAGCAAUCUGGCUAUGGCAAGGAGAGCGGCAAAGAUGUCGCUGUCAACGAGUUCCUUAUAACCAAGACCGGCACGUUGACCGUUGAGGAUCAUUUCUGA